GGCGAUGCCCGGGGCCAGGGACGCGCUCUGUCACCAGGCGCUGCAGCUGCUGGCCGAGCUCUGUGCCCGUGGGGCCCUGGAGCACGACAGUUGCCAGGAUUUCAUCUACCACCUGCGGGACCGUGCCAGACCCCGGCUUCGCGACCCAGAUAUCUCAGUGAGCCUGCUGACCCUUGUGGUCACUGCCUGUGGUCUUGCCCUCUUCGGCGUGUCUCUCUUCGUGUCUUGGAAACUCUGCUGGGUUCCAUGGAGAGAACGAGGCCUGCUCUCUGGUAGCAAAGACAACAACCAAGAGCCUCUUAACUACACGGACACAGAAACCAAUGAGCAGGAGAACAGUGAGGACUUCUUAGACCCUCCCACGCCCUGCCCUGACUCCUCCAUGAAGAUCAGCCACACCUCCCCUGACAUCCCCCUCUCGACCCAGCCAAGGGUCCAAGAGAACUGUGCCCAUGGCAUCCGUGUGCAGCGCCAAGUCACAGAGCCAACGUCUUCGGCUCGGCAUAAUUCAAUCCGAAGACAACUCAACCUGUCAAACCCAGACUUCAAUAUCCAGCAGCUUCAAAAGCAGGAGCAGUUGACUGGAAUUGGUAGAAUUAAACCGGAGUUAUAUAAGCAGAGGUCACUGGAUAAUGAUGAUGGGAGAAGGAGUAACAGCAAAGCUUGUGGAAAACUGAACUUCAUUUUAAAAUAUGACUGUGACUUGGAGCAGCUCAUAGUGAAGAUUCACAAAGCUGUCAAUUUGCCGGCCAAGGACUUUUCUGGGACUUCAGAUCCUUAUGUCAAGAUCUAUUUGCUUCCUGAUCGGAAAACAAAACACCAGACUAAGGUUCACAGAAAGACCCUGAACCCUGUUUUUGAUGAAGUGUUUUUAUUUCCGGUUCCCUACAACGACCUCGAAGCACGAAAGCUUCACUUCUCUGUGUACGACUUUGACAGGUUCUCUCGCCACGACUUAAUUGGACAAGUGGUAGUGGAACACUUCUUAGACUUGGCCGAUUUCCCCAGAGAGUGCAUCCUUUGGAAGGAUAUCGAAUAUGUCACCAAUGACAAUGUGGAUCUUGGAGAGUUGAUGUUCUCCCUCUGCUAUCUUCCCACGGCCGGCAGGCUGACCAUCACCAUUAUAAAAGCUCGGAAUUUAAAGGCAAUGGACAUAACAGGAGCAUCAGAUCCCUACGUGAAGGUCUCACUGAUGUGUGACGGCAGACGGUUGAAGAAGAGGAAAACAUCCACGAAAAGGAACACACUGAAUCCAGUUUACAACGAAGCCAUAGUCUUUGAUGUCCCUCCUGAAAACAUUGACCAAAUCCACUUGUCCAUAGCGGUCAUGGACUACGACCGUGUAGGUCACAAUGAGAUCAUCGGCGUGUGUCAAGUAGGCAACGAGGCUGAGAGACUGGGCAGAGACCACUGGAGUGAAAUGCUGUCCUGUCCUCGGAAGCCCAUCGCGCACUGGCAUUCUCUCAUGGAGAAACGGUGACUAUGGAUAAGAGGAUUGCUUGUGCAGAGGACACAGUAGGACUACCAUCUUACAAAGAUCUUAAGUAACUUCCCAUCCAGCAACAUCCGGACGACUCUAGUGACCAAAUGCUCAGCUAUAACCACAGCAAUAACUGGCCCUCUUUCCAAAUUGGGUUUGGUAAACCUGAAUGGUCCAGUUACCUUCUUCUGGUGGCCCAAAGUGAUGUGCUGCGCGGGAAGCACGUCUCUCACAGCCAAGAACCAAGACUGGACUAUGAAAGAAACUAAGUGAUAUCGUGAAAGUACCAGAGUACCAGGACUCUUAAUGAUUAAGGUCCUUGGUGAUGGGGACAUAGCACCUGCCCUGGCAGUAGUCACUUACUCUGACAAGUUGUUAUUUGCUUGCAUGCCCUGGAAGGACAGAAUAUUUAAAAAUACAUCCAGGUGCUAAACAGGCAGUAGAUCUCAAUUCACACUUGACUACCUUUGAGCUAAUGACUGUCUCCAGAAAAUAAUUUCACCCCAAGAAGUGCUCUAGCUUAGGGAAGAAUAAUCCAGGAAAUAAUAGGACAACCAGGCCAUUCCGCUGGAGGAAAAUCUAGUGCAAGGAAGGAUAGUUCACAGCAAAUUCACUGCCCCCUUCCACGCACAUGGCAGAGAGGACCAGUGGAUCAUGGCCCUCUUUUCUGAUAAGAUGAGAUUUUGAGGAGUAAGAAACCCCAACACUAAUUUUUCAGUAGCCAGCAGCCACUUCCUUUCAACUUGUGGUGUUAUUAGAAUGAAUAUAAACUGUCAUUCCUGUUAGAGAGGAACAUGUCUCAAUGGCAUAAGCAUUCUGGAAUAUCCUUCCCCAGGCACAUGUGUUGACUGAGGGAACAGCCUCAGAAAUAGAUGUAGCCUUGUGUGACAUGAGAUCAUGGAAACACCACACAGCCAUCCCUUAGGGGAAGGCACAAGCUUUGGGGCUUUCUUGGCCUGAGUGCCUUCUGGGGUAUUUCAAUAUGCAACAGCCCAGAUCCUAUCCUUGGGCAGCCACAGACAGAGGUUUCCUUCUCACUGCAAACACAUAUAUCACUUUCACAGCACUUGGGGAAUGGAAAUACCUACAAGAGUGAAGGUCAAGGGCUCUCCCCGGGUAUCUCAUUCGUUACUUUGCUUCCUCUGCUACUAAGUCUGCCAAUCCACUGCAUGAUCCUCAUUGCUUUUCCCUCCACAAGGAUGAAACCAAAGGCCUCAGUGUGCCCUGGGAAGACUGGGGGCAGUAACCUAGCUGUCCUCUGUCUCCCAUUACAGGUGCAACGCACCCCUUCCACAUAUUUGCACCACUACUCCAGUUUAACAUGUCCCUUUUCAUACAUUCUCUUUGCAGCAGAAUGGAGAGUUAGAUUGUAGUUUACAUUCCUGGAAAGUACAUUACCUUCACUUCAAUUAACAUUCCAACAUGGUACUAAUGGGGUGGAAGCAGGAUCACUGCAUGUCUUCAGACAGUUCUUGGUGCCUCAGCUACCUAGUGCAAGACUCUAUGCUGAGAUCAGAUCUAAAACAUAUGGAGGCCUUUGGUUGUGUGAGGCAGUGUUAUCACACUCAAGCUUCAUGUGUUCCCCAGACUGCCUGAUCCAUUUCCAUCUCUUAUUGGCUUUCAACCAUGGAAACUCAAAGGGAAUCCAAGGUCUGCCUAUAUCUGAUGACAUGAGAAAAGUUCAGCUUUCUUUGCCCAAAAUUCCCCUCUGCCCAUCCCUCCCCAUCAGGCAUCCUCUAUCAUAUCAGGGUUUAGAACCAAAGCACGAAGGGCUAGUGCCAACAGGAUAGUAAGCAGGAAAAUUGUCUCUAAAGCCAGACAUAAGAACCCAGAAGAAUGAUCCCAGAGAAACCAGAAUGAUGUCAGGUGAUAUCAGGCAGCCAUGUCAAUAAACUGUGACACGUCCUUGGCCGUGGGACCCUGGGUUGGAGAUCCAGAGGCAGCUGUGCCUAUUAGUCCCCACCCCAGGACCUUCCUGUCCAGGAAGCUAGCAUCCCUGGAGUACCAAUGAGUAUGCUACUGGCUUGUUGAUACGGAAGAGAAAGUGACUUUGCAGGGGCAGACAGGAAAGUGGAUUUGUGUCUAGAAAGCUUUGUCUAACCAGUACAGCUGUGGCCAGAGGCUGGUUAUACAUUUGAACUCCCUCAGCCCAUUUGCAACUCUGCCUCUGUUCUCUUGUAUUCUAUUUGGUUUCCCUUUAGUUUCCUAGUAAAUGUUCCUUUUGAAAAAUUCCAACCUUGUCUCAUUUAAUUUUGGGGGGAUGGGAAUCUCCACCAUAUUUUCCCAGAUAGUGAAGGAAAUAAAGUGCCUGAAAAAAAGAUGGAAGUGCAGUAAAAAGGGAAACACCUGAGCACAUCCUCUUAUAAAAACCCAAACACUUGAGUCCAUUCAGACAGCAAACUGAACAUUGACAUCAGGGUGAUGAAAACAGGUAUUUAUUUUAAAAAUGCCAGACAUGAAGCUGGGGAGCCAUGGCUUAGUUCCCAGACUCCCCAAGGGGUUAAGAGUAUGAGAUCUUACAGAAUGAAGUUGGCAUUGAGAGGUGAGUGAUCAGCUUUGUAUAGACCUCUGGUUGGUUCACAAUGCUGUUGCUUUACAUGACCACAUGGUCAGUUAUAGCAAGUUCUUUGGGGAAUUUUGAUGAUGGCAAAGUCAGUCAGGUGGUAGUACUUUCUUGCUCAAGGCCUGGUGUUCCAGAAAAAAAAAAAAAAAAACCUUGGAGACAAGACUAAACCUCAAGAUGUUACAUAUAGUGGAGAUAAAGGACUCUUUCUCAACUUAGUGAAUCCAUUUUACUAAGAUGUUGAUUUGCAUGAGGCUGUGGGAGACUAGGGCCUGCAGGUAUCUCAUAUCCACAGCAAAGACAUUGUAUAGAGGUUCAAUGUCAAUCUCAGAGAGAAACCUUGGGGAAAGCUGUUACCAAGAGAGAAGGAGAGACCAGACAUCCCCAACCCAGCUGACACUGGUUCUCAUCUUCUUCCUCUUCCUGCCACUAUCUUCAAGGAGAUACACAUGUGGAGUGUAUCUCUGCUGCAGCACUUUCUAGAGAGUGAAUCAGGCACAUU